UUGUCUCCCUUUAGGUGACGCAGUGCCCGAGACGUUAAAAAGUGAGAAUAACGACGUUUUCCUUUUUUUCUCUCGGAUGGCUUGGUGGACUUAAGACAACCUUGUUCUUCUUUCAAACAACUUUUGAUUUGACUUCUUGAUAUAUAUAUCAACUUCUGUUUAUUGAAUUUACAAUUGGUUUUUUUCAUUGACUGGAAAUCGAAUUUAUUGAGAGUUGUGCCGGCAAUCAACUACCAAUUCUCUGUUUUUGGUAGUGAUAGUGGUGGAGUCCGUGUUUUGUUGAUGAUGGCUGAGACUGAAGCAGAAAAUCGACCGGAUUUAAAAACGGACAGUGGUGAUGAAUCAGAUGAUUUAAGUGAAGUUCUCGAAGAAAGUCCUUGUGGGAGGUGGCAGAAGCGUAGAGAAGAAGUUGAACAACGAGAUGUUCCAGGUAUUGAUAGUGCCUUCUUGGCGAUGGAUACAGAGGAGGGAAUGGAAGUCGUAUGGAACGAGGUCCAAUUUUCAGAAAAGAAGAAUUUUAAAGCACAGCAGGAAAAAAUUCGACAAGUUUUUGACAAUUUGAUUCAGUUGGACCAUCCAAAUAUUGUGAAAUUUCAUAAAUACUGGACGGACACGGUUGGAGAAAAGCCUAGGGUUAUUUUCAUUACAGAAUACAUGUCAUCUGGUUCUUUGAAGCAGUUUUUAAAGAAAACCAAAAAGAAUAACAAGACAUUCCCGUUGAAGGGUCACAGUAAAAAAAAACAGGCAUGGAAACGAUGGUGUACUCAGAUCUUAUCAGCACUAAGUUAUCUACAUUCCUGUGACCCACCGAUUAUCCAUGGUAACCUCACCUGUGAUACUAUUUUCAUCCAACACAAUGGACUGGUCAAGAUUGGUUCAGGGUUCUUCUCCAGAUUCUUAUUGGUUGACUUCAUGGUUACAUGGGACUCGUGUGAAGAGCGAGAAAAGGCACUGGUGACAUCAGUCAUGGUUUCCUGUGGUAUUAUCCAUCUGUUCAGAACUGGAUCUUUCUUCGAGAGAAUGUUUGCUCCAGAUGCGAUUCACCACCAUGUGAAAACCUACAGAGAAGACUUGAAAAAUAUGCACUGCAUAGCACCAGAAUAUGAAGGACCUGGUCAAGUGACAACCGCUGUAGAUAUUUAUUCUUUUGGAAUGUGUGCUCUAGAAAUGGCAGCUCUAGAAAUCCAAGGAAAUGGUGAAGCCAAUGUGACACCAGAAGCAAUAAAAUGUACAUUAGAAUCUUUAGAAGACUCCUUACAAAGGGAUUUCAUUAGACGUUGUAUUGAACGAGAUCCUCAGAAAAGGCCAGGAUCCCGUGAACUGCUUUUUCAUGCUGUACUGUUUGAAGUACACUCCUUAAAACUGCUAGCUGGAAACUGCUUUGUAAAAAAUUCUUAUAUUCUCCCAGGCAAUAUGGCAGAAGAAGCAUAUUUACCAAAAACUGAUCCCUCCAAGGUGAUUGCAGAGAUUAACUUCAAAGAACAUGGUUUUAUGCAGUGGAAAUUUAGUCAAGUCGGCUCAAUUGAAUUAGAAAAAUUUUUAGAAGAUGUCCGAAAUGGAAUUUACCCAUUAACUGCCUUUGCAUUACCUCGCCCCCCGCCCUCACGUCCUCGUGCCAUUACUCCUGAACUAGCUGAGUCUGUCAAGUCCGAGACUCCAGAACCUAUGGAUGUUGAAACACGGAUGGUAACCAACAUGGCAUGUCAGAUGCGAAAGCCAGAUGAGAAUUGCAACUUGAAUUUAACUCUUCUACUACGUAUGGACGACAAAAUGAAUCGACAGUUACAGUGUGAGAUCUCUCAAGAGGACAAUGCUUCUACUUUAGCUGAGGAACUGGUACAUUAUGGCUUUAUAAAUGAGUUGGACAAAGACAAGGUAGCAACUUUGAUUGAACAACACUUAAGACAAGGCAGUACCCACAUGAAUGGUCCAAUGUCACCAAUUACUGUUCCUUCAGGCUGAACAUGAACCCAACUUUCAGCAGACAGUUUCAUCCCCCUCCUGUGCCAUUGAUUGUGUCACCAUGUGAUGCGUCAGUACAAACAAACAAACAAAACGUGUACUUCCACUUCAGUUUCUUUUGUUUUAUUAUAAUUAUUACUGUUAUUAUUACGAAGGCCUACUCCCACCACAAAACUCCACUAAUCCAGGUGACACAAUGCUACAUUCACCAUUUUAUUAUUUUUAUGAAGCCCCACUCCUAUCAACAUAACUUUGCUAGUCACCACAUUACUACUACUACUACUACUACUACUACUACUAUUAUUAUUAUUAUUAUUAUUAUUAUUAUUAUUAUUAUUAUUAUUGUAACAGCCAACUCCCACCACUUAUGUCCCUCUUCCUGCUAACCUAAGAUAUUACUACAGUCACCAUAUUUUAUAUAUUAUUAUUAUUAUUAUUAUUAUUAUUAUUAUUGUAACAGCCAACUCCCACCACUUAUGGACAUAAGGCUAAGUCCUCCACAUAAGACCCCCUCCCUUGCCACAUACACACCAUCUAUGUAAGCAUCAAUACUACCUACAGUCACCACAUUUUUUUUUUUUACUAAUCUACCUCUUACAAGGAAUAAAAAAAAAAAUUAAAUGACAUACCAAAGGUGGAUGUGGGGAGUGCUACAACCCUGGCUUGUACAUAUGUGCUGGCUGUGUGUGCUCACUACUUCUUUAUCAUCCCUACCUUCAGCAAUGCCAUUUGCAAACGCUCCAUCAACAUCAUUCACAGUCGACCAGGUCUGCUGCAGCGACUUCAUCGGAUCGUAAACUAUGAUGAUGAUUUCAGAAGCAUCCAGACUUUCAGCGUCCAGUAAUGAAAAGAAAAAGGGAAAAAGUGGGGACUGUAAAAGGCCCCCUAUCUCCUCUGCCUGGAGGCGGUGCCUGUUAUAAAUUUUGUGAGUUUUGAAAACUGUUUCUGACCAUCUGCCGUGAGUAGGUACACACUGCAAGGGACAAGACAUUGCUGAUAAGAGAGACAUAUAAAAGAAACAAGAUGAUGAUGAUGAUUUUAUAUUUCAUUUCAUAAUUAAUUACUAAUAAUAUAAAUUAGUAUGUCUUUUUUAUCUUUA